AUGCGCGUCCGAGCCCCAGUGGCCGCACCCGCUAGCAGUUGGGCUGCUUUAAGUCACGUCGAGGAGGAGAAGGAAGAAGCAGGAGGCAUCGCCACCACAAAGUUUCACGUGUCCGCCACAUUUUCCACAGUAAAGAAGCAAAAGGAAAAAAAUCACGUGGUGGAGGACGAGCAACAAACUUUCGCGUGUCCGCCAUUUUCCACAACAAAGAACCAAAGGAAAAAGAUGCCAAAAACCGGGAAGCCAGAUACUUACUGGAAGGACAUCUGCUUCCGAUACGCCCGGGGCCAAUACCACUUCUCAAUUGGUCAACGGCCAGGGUCCCAGAAAUGGAAAAAGGCCUUGGAGAAAAUUGAUGGUUGCCCACUUCAGAGAAGCCACACUAAGGAUUUGUUUGGGAGAAACCUUAAGUGCGUUUGUGGGUUCCAUACGUCAUCAGGUGCCGGGCAGUCAGCAGGCGCUGGGUCCAGUAAGGCAGGAGGAGGAGGAGGAAAUGAGAUGGAGGCUGGGCCAGCCCAAGUCAGCACUAAGUCAUCAGGUGCCGGGCAGUCAUCAGGCGCUGGGUCCAGUAAGGCAGGAGGAGGAAAUGCGAUGGAGGCUGGGCCAGCCCAAAUCAGCACUGAGUCAUCAGGUGCUGAACACACGGCGACAAAGAGGGGCGACACAGACACACUGAGAGAAACAACAAACACAGGACAGGGUGUGCAGUGCUACAAGUGCAACCAGUUUGUGGAUGGAGAACAUUUUUCGGAGCACCUGAUGGACUAUCAUGCAGAAGAAAAAUGUGACACCUGUGGAGCCAAUGUAGAAGGUACUGUUGGUCUUCUGAACCACAUCCAAGAGGUUCACUAUGCAGCAGUCAUCAGGCCAUCAAUGAAAGCACCGCCAGCACAAUCGCCAGCACAAUCGCCAGCACAAUCGCCAGCACAAUCGCCAGCACAAUCGCCAGCACAAUCGCCAGCACAAUCGCUAGCACCGCCAGCACAAUCGCCAGCACCGCCAGCACAAUCGCCAGCACCAUCACAGAAGGCAGUGCCAUCUUUGCUUUCUCCUUCAAAUAGCUCUGCCAUGCUACCACACACUGCAGCGCCACUUAAAUCAGCUCCAAUCAACUGGAAAAGUUUUCUUCCCGCGCAAUUUCGGAAAGCCAUCCAGGAAGCAGAUCAGGAGUGGAUUGCCAAGUGCCUGUAUAAACCUACAGGACAGUUGAAACAAAAAAUCCAAGCCAGCUGGUUUCAUCCCCCAACUUAA